AUGCCCGAUUUGUUGCCGGCACCAGGUGGGAACAAUCGAUCUAUUACAGCCUGGCCGAACUCAAGAAAGAAAUCGACCCACGAGAUACUUCGUACUCAGAUCUUCAGGCAAUUGCGCAAGCGGAGAAGCCAUGUUGACGAAGUAGCUGCGUAUAUUAUACUCUCAGCUGGCGGAUAUGGAAAGGCGCAGCAUUCCUUACAAUAUACAGUCACGUGCUCGGCGCCAAUCCCCUACAAUACGCGAGACAUUGCGAAGGUUUACCCCAGAAACAAAGAUAGAAAAACAAUGGCCACCCGGUCUAGUUGGCCCACUCGAGAUUCAGCUUACCCCUACCCCAUAUAUUUGAGGUCUGUGUGCGGAACGUCGCACGACGGAUCGGAGGCACCCUAG